CCUUGACUUAUUUUCUAUCCCUGCAGGAAAAGUAACAUUAUAGUGGCACAAGAACCAAAUAAUGCAGAUAAACCUUAUUUAGGAUGUAUGGGCUAGAGGAUUUAGUAAAAAUCAAUGAGACUCUACAGAGACGCAUAGGUGCAGAGGCUGGUAAUAAGCCUCAUGACUGUCAUUUGUGUGGCAAGCAGUUUAAACAGCUUGGUCAUUUGCAGAAUCACAUGAGAACACAUACAGGGGAUAAACCUUAUGACUGUGAUGUAUGUGGUAAACGGUUUAUUCAGCUCAGUAGUUUACAGAUUCACAUGAGAACACAUACAGGGGAAAAACCUUAUGACUGUGGUGUAUGUGGUAAAGGGUUUAGUCGGCUUGGUAAUUUACAGAGACACAUAAGUACACAUAGUGAUAAACCUCAUGAAUGUGAUGUAUGUGGUAAAGGGUUUAGUCACCUUGAUAAUUUACAGAGACACAUGAGAACACAUUCUGGAGAUAAACCUCAUGACUGUGAUGUGUGUGGUAAAGGGUUUAGUCGCAUUGGUAAUUUACAGAGACACACGAGAACACAUACAGGGGAUACACCUUAUGACUGUGGUGAAUGUGGUAAAGGGUUUAGUCACCUUAGUAAUUUACAGAGACACAUGAGAACACAUACAGGUGAUAAACCUCAUGACUGUGAUGUAUGUGGUAAAGUUGUUAGUCAAGGUAGGUUAUUGAAGAGACACAUGAGAACACAUACAGAUGAUAGAACUCAUGACUGUGAUGUAUGUGGUAAACGGUUUAGACAGCAUUAUGAUUUACGGAGACACAUGAGUAUACAUACAGGCGAUAAACCUUAUGACUGUGGUUUGUGUGGCAAAGGGUUUAGUCGGCUUAGUAAUUUAAAGAGACACAUGAGAAUACAUCAUGUACAUACUGAGGAUAAAACAGAUAAAGCUCACAAUGAGCAUGAUGAGAUAAAUGGAGUUGAGAUUCAGUGUGAGUGAUAUUCACAUGGAUACACGAGAACACAUUCCAGUCAAAUCAAGGCAAAUAUAAUUUUUGUGCAAAAUAACAUAUUGGAAGAAACCCAUUUUAAGACUUGCAGAGAACACAUACUUGUGACAAACAUCAUAAAUAUUGCAAUGUAUUUUGUACAUGCUUAAAAGUUUAACAGAAGAAAUGCAGUGAAGAGACCGGUCUAUGUUAUAACGUAUAUGUUACAUGUGUGUAUAACGUAUAUGUUACAUGUGUGUAUAACGUAUAUGUUGCAUGUGUGUAUAACGUAUAUGUUAAAUGUGUGUAUAACGUAUAUAUAUGUUACAUGUGUGUAUAACAUAUAUAAUAAAUUUCGUAUAUAUAACCUAGAUAGUUCGAAUACUUUAUGUGUAUUUAAUUCGAAAUACAUGUACAUGUAUUUACGUAAGUACAAUUUGUGUAUAGAGAUAUCUUAUUUGAUUAUGUACUUUAGUAUGUUCGCACUUUUUUGUAUUUACAGAAUUAAAAAUAAACGGAUA